AUGGAGUGUGCGUUGCCUUGCGUGGAGUCCGUGUUUGAAUCGGCGCAUCCAUUCCAGGAACCCAACUUCGAACUAUCCCGAGAGAUAACCCUUUCCGAAGCUUUCCAAAAGUUAUUUGAAGAGGAAAGCAGCCGAGCCUCAUCACCCUCCACGUCCGGCUCUACCGUUGCAGAAACCCUUGCCAAACUCACUAUCCUGGACACGUUCAUGUUGAUUCACUUGCUUUACGCUUUCAUCAACACGCACAUGACACUUCUCGCUACUAUAUUGCCAAAGUCACGGGUCCCGCACUCCCAGCAGUUACGCAAUUCGCGGGCCUCUAGUAUUAACUCCGCGAUACCUGAGGACUCUACACUUGCUUCCAUACGCAUAGCACUCUCUCGUUGGCACGACCACUGGACGAGGCUGCGCAGCACAACCUCCAGCCAUGACUGGGCCGCCAUGGGCUUUUACAAGAAUGGCUACCAUUUCUGGCUUGUGUCGCAGCUUCUGAUUACCAAGAAAGAGAGUGUGGACGUGGUGAUGCGCAUGGAAGUGAAGUGUGAGGACAAGCUGGAGCAACUUAAAGUUCUGCUGAAGGACGACAACGAAUGA